UGUGGUAGGUGUGAGAUUUACCAGAUACCUCCUUCAUACACCCACACAGUAAUAUAUAUACCCCUCUUAUUUCUUUCAUUUCUCAGCUUGGAUGUUCAGAGAACUACAAGCUUCGAACCAAAUUUUCUCUUUCUUUUUUGUCCUUCUUUUCUCAUUUUUAGAGUAAUUGCAAUUUGCACCCAGAAAUUUGAAAGAAAAUGCAAUAUCUUACUCCAUCAUCGUCGGGUAUAAAUCUCAAAUCGUUAAUCCGGUCGAAAAUUCAAUCUCACCUGGUUGUUCCGAGUCGACUCGUUAUCAAAUGCGCUUACCGGUUUGAGUCGUCCAACGCAGCCGCCAACACCGGUACCAUAAAUACUAACGGUGCUCCGUCGACCUAUAACGCUGGACACGUCGGCGCGUCGCGAGCUGAUUGGCAGAGUUCCUGUGCCAUUUUGGCAAGUAAAGUCGUGUCCCAGCAGCAGGACACUGAGAUGAGCGGCGGUGCCGGUAACAUCACCGCCGUCAACGGCCAUACGAUGAUAGAUCUUGAUCUCGUUGCCAUCAAUGACAACCAGCCUAAGCCGCUCACCAUCACUGACCUCUCCCCUGCGCCGAUGCACGGCGCUCAGCUCCGCGUCGCCUACCAAGGCGUUCCUGGCGCGUACAGUGAAGCUGCCGCCGGCAAGGCUUAUCCGAAAUGUGAAGCGAUACCUUGUGAUCAAUUUGAGGUUGCAUUUCAAGCCGUUGAACUCUGGAUUGCAGACCGCGCAGUUCUUCCCGUCGAGAACUCUCUCGGAGGUUCCAUUCACCGGAAUUACGACCUCCUCCUCCGUCACCGUCUCCACAUCGUCGGAGAAGUCCAGCUCCCGGUCCACCACUGCCUCUUAGCACUUCCAGGCGUUAGAAAAGAGUACCUAACUCGAGUCAUAAGCCAUCCACAAGCCCUAGCUCAGUGCGAACUCACUCUCACAAAGCUCGGUCUAAACGUAGCUCGCGAAGCCGUCGAUGAUACCGCCGGAGCCGCCGAAUACAUAGCUGCCAACAACCUCCGCGAUACAGCCGCGAUUGCAUCCGCACGCGCCGCGGACCUCUACGGUCUCCAGAUCUUAGCAGAAGGGAUCCAGGACGACUCUAGCAACGUGACUCGGUUCGUGAUGCUAGCUCGUGAACCAAUCAUUCCUCGAACCGACCGGCCAUUCAAAACAAGCAUCGUAUUCGCACAUCACGAAGGAACAAGCGUCCUUUUCAAAGUUCUAUCGGCGUUUGCAUUCAGAAACAUAAGCUUAACGAAGAUCGAAUCACGGCCGCACCGGAACCGGCCGAUCCGAGUGGUCGACGAUGCGAAUGUAGGAACCGCCAAGCAUUUUGAGUACAUGUUCUACGUAGAUUUUGAAGCUUCAAUGGCGGAUGUUAGGGCUCAGAAUGCGUUGGCUGAAGUUCAGGAGUUCACGUCUUUUUUGAGGGUUUUGGGAAGUUAUCCAAUGGAUAUGACUCCUUGGUGCCCUUCCCGUGAAGAUUAAUUCAAUGAAUAAAAUAAUUACUUUUAUCUAUUUUGUAAUUACUAUUUCCAAAGAAGGGAAAAGAAAAGAAAAGGAAACACCAUUUAAAUUAAAUUAAAUUCCAUUGAAUAUUUUUUCCC